AUGUCUGGGCAGUUUGCGGUCAACAUCCGAGCAAUACAAGACGUGAAUCCGUACAAUCUCGAAUCCAACUUUGUGACAAAAGCUGCCAAGGAACCAGAGAGAGACGUUGAGACGGCAGCCAAGGCACGAAUGUCCAACGACCAGGGUCACGAAACGGCAUCAUGCUACAGCGGCAAAGUACAAGCCGAGCUCCUCUUUCCCCUUUCUGAAGGGGAGAUUAAAGAAGACAACUGCAGUUCGUUUGUGAGAGCAGCCUAUAUUGGCGUUUACCCGACUCGAGAUCAAGUGAAGAUUACCGGGCGAGAUGACACCUUUGAGUACCGUCACAGAACCAAGUUUGGCGGCGCAGCAUACUGCAAGCAUUGUGGUGUGCACAUAUACAGCAACAUCUACGGCCCAAACCCGAGCAUCUUUGACAAGCUGCCGCCAGAGAGGCGAGAGUUUGCGCUCAAGGUAUAUCACAAGAAUAUGUCGCUCCAACCCGUCAAUGUUCGAUCCAUUGAGAGCCUGGACCUAAGCAAGAUUCAUGUGGAAAGGUCGGAUGAGGGAACGGAAGGCUAUGUACUAGAAGAUUAG